AUGACGGCGAAAAAGAACUGGGCCGACUACACCAGUGACGAAGACAGCGACGAGGAUGGAUUCUUGUACUUCUAUUUUCGACAUGUUAACGAAUACUUUAUUUCUUCCGAUGCUGCUUUUGCACUACAAACUGCAUGACAAGUUGUAAAGCGCAGUAAGCCACGGCCACGCUGCGUGAGAAUGAGAAAUAAAACGUGAAGAAGGGAUAAAGUGUCAGAACAAUGAAUGAAAAGAACAAAGGAUUAUUGAUUGAAUCUCCAUCCAAAAAGGAGAAAAAGCUCGAACGGAUAUAAAAAAAAUCAAAACAGCGUCCGUCGCGAUCCUGGUGAGAACAACAAAAAGGGACCCGGAGCACCAGGAGGGGCAACAAAUAAGUCCGGAAUUACGUCAACAUCUAGAAUUGCAGCUGGAGGAGCUGUUGCAGGAACAGCACCCGCCCAGAUCAACCUGAACAAGCCCACGCCCGGGCUUUCCCAGCUGCAGAUCCGCGACAAUGCGGACAGCUACUCCUACAAGAAGCGCACCGAUCUGGACGCGGCCGACCUGGAGCUGGAGCGGUCGCUAAACAACGCAGCGUUGAAUUUUCGGGGCGUGGAAGAGCGGUUUCAGAAUGACGAGCAGCUGGAGAGCGAUCGCCUGGCGGGCAGCAAGAGCAGCUCGCGGAGCAGCUUCGGACAAGCUGCGGGGAACAAGAAGGUUAUAGGUGGUAUGAAAUGUAAAAAUGUCUGGGUCUGGAAGGUUGGAACUUGUGAUGCUGUUUUUGGACUCUAAAAAAAUCUGUAUUGCAUGACCACCAAGAGCGGGACAAUUUGCACGACGCGGACAGGGCAUUUCUCAUGCGGAACGUGCAUCAGGAAGCCCUCUAAAAGUCUGCGAUGCUAGGUCAUGCAUUACAGACAUCAUGGGUCAUGAGAAAUAUGCAUGACAAAUCUUGCACUCUUCCAGACGCAGACAUUUUUGCAUUUGAUAGGUGGGACUGGUCAACAACAACCUGCAUCGGGCGUCGCCUCGGCGACGAGCUCAAGCAGUAGCAGCAGCUCCACCACGGUUGUAGCAAAUAGUAAAGCAAAUACUGCGGCCGGUGGAACUACUGGUACAGCAGCUGUUCCUCCAAAACAGCCGAAGCGGCUGGCCACACAGCCGGAAAGCGAGUCGGCGUCGGCGUCCAAGAUGCGGAUCACCUCCGGUGUCGACGAAUCGGACAUCGACAAAGUCGCGAAAAUGGUGAGUAAACCCAGUCCGGGCGGCGGCGGCGCGAAAAGCAGCACCUGGAACGGAGGUAGUAGUACUGCAGCUCCUACUGCUGGAUCCGCACAGAAGACCACGACGACCAAAGACAACAAUAAGCCGUCCACAGGGGGCAAGCGCUGGGCCGAUAUGCGCAGCGACGAUGAAGAAGACGAAAUGGACCAAAAAGAUCUGAAGAACAGUAACAACACACGACAAAGCAACAAAAAAAAUACCUCGACUUCGAAUGCAUCGAAGCCCCCACCAGCUGCAGCACCGACCGCUCCACCACCGACGACGAAGAAAUGGGGGAAAGUCGAUGAUGAGGACAACGACGAGGAUAAAAAUAGCGACGCGUGGUCAAAGCGAAAGAACGCCCCUUCGCUGAUGGAGAUCAUCAGUAAGGAACAAGAAAUGACCGCCGGCGCAAAUACAGUUUCACAGCAAAACAGGACCACCAGGACAGCUAGUGUCGCGGAUGGUGGCGCGAAAAAGGCCACGACGAAAAUCGUGCUCGGACACUCCAGCUACAGCAGCACGAAAAGAACGGAGCGUGGUACUGUUUUUUUUUGGAUGAAAAUUAUCUUUCAUUUUUUUUUCUUCAAAGACCUGUAAUUGUGAAAAUCAAAAUGAAAAUGUAUGGAGACAAUCAAUCAAAUUGAAUUUUUUUCCAAAAAACACGACAGAACGCGGCCCGCGAAAAAGUGCCGAGGUGUCCGAGGACAUAACGCCCGGUGGAGCAAAGGGUGCGGGAAAGAGCAGGGGCGACUCGCCGCAUGUAGACCACAAGGGCUCCAAGAAAGGAACGAAGGGCUCAUCGGAUCAUAAAGGUAAUUUUGAGAUGAGAUUCUUCUUUAUUUAUGAUGCGAUGGAGAUGGACCACCACGGUGGUGGUCCAUCAUAAUACCACCUUUUGGGCAGAUUACGCUUAGGUUUAUUUGAAGAUAGAACGCAUCAAUUACAUUUUUUGUGUGUACGCUGUAAAAGCGUUGUGCUUGUGCAGAUUCAUUUCUACUUCCACUCUCAGGCGGCAAGAAAGGCGUGUCCAAGGGCGGGAAAGCCGCGGACUCAGGGGAUCCGAUACAGGAAGACGACGACAAGAUGAGCGUGGACGAAGCAGCUGCUCCGUCGCCGAAGAAAAUUUUUGAGGAGCGACCCGCGCCCGCGAACUGGGCAGCGGCCUUCGGCAAGACGCUGACGGAGGAGGACAAGGAAAAGUCGCAGGUCGUGCAGAAAAAAGUCCCGUCGGUCAGCGAAACCGUGGCGAAUAGCACGUUAAACGCAAGCGCGCCGGCGUUCAUACCAGGUAAAACUCGAAAGUGAAAGAACAGGUGGUUGCUGGUCUUUUUUUGUGCAUGAAGAUAACGGACUGCUUGUUCCCGGCGUUCCCCAUGAUGUUUACAUUCUUCAUCCUACUGGCGUACGUUGUCGAGUUCGAGAACAUGAAGGAAGACGUUGACGUGAAGUAGGCUUCAUUAGCAUUACGAGAACGACGACGACCGAUUUUUUAGUUAUUUGUUUGUUGUACAAUCAACAAUCCAACAUGCACAAGUCAAAUAUAGUGUCAGCACGAAAAGAAAUUCAUUAUAAAAAUCAGGUGGUUUUCCGGGCGGCACGCAGGUGACCUGCUUCCAAACGGUACCCGCCGGACAGGGCAUCAAGCGCACCCGCGACUGCCUCACGCCGGCAAGCAGCGCGCACGCGGGGUACCUGCAGAAGAUGCAGAAGAUCGAUCUGACGGGGAGCAACGGAAUCCUUUUCCAGCCGACCAACUCCACCUCGACCUCCACGUCGACUUCUUCCUCCGCGGGGCCCAGUAGCAAAGUCCGGGCAGCUCCUGAGGGGGAAAACAGACCACAGCCACAGGCCAAUGGUGGUGCAGCAACUUCUGGCACGACAGGGGAUGUUGUGAACAACGGCAACCUCAACGCAGCGGCAGGCGUGUCUCGAACAUCGUCUGUCUCCGUAGGCGGCCAACAUCAUCAAGUAGGAACGACCAUCAUCACACCGAUGAAUCCACCCAGCGUAGGUGCGGGAGCAGUUGUAAAUCGGGGGAACUCGUCCGGGGUACAUGGUACAAACAACAACAUGCUGAUCGCCUCCACAAUGUCGGGCAUGGACACGCCAACCAGCAACGGCGAUGCGACGAUGAGUGUGCUUUCCGGCGAUUUCAUCAUGGCGCCCUACGUGGUCGGGUGGACUCCGGUCGAGGGGAACUACGGGAAGCAGCGACAGAAGAAAAAGCUGAAUCUGUAUCUGAACAACGCAGUCGCAGUACCACCUAUGAUGAACAACGGGGGAGACACACCAGACAUCAAAAACGGAAAUAGGAAUAAUAGGCUGAAAGCCUCGCCAAAGCUGAACCUUUUAGGGGAGCAGGUGGAAAGACCGGGGUCAGGAGGCAGCAGUACUUCAGGGACCAAGGAGAGAAAGAAAAACGCGGACGAAGGUACUAUAUUGACAUAAUUUGCGCUGCGCGUGUUGUAGCCACGAUGCCAGCUGCACUCGUAGUUGAUUGUGUUGACGUAGACAUUCAGUCUAGAUCUGGUGGUGCAAGUCCAAGUAACUUGGUGGACCAACGCUUUUUAUUUGUUCUCUUGUUAUGUUGUCACCGUGAACGUGAUGUUGCUACUUCAUUCAAGUGCGAUAUGAAGUUCUUGAAUGUGCUGGAACCGUAGCCGUAUGGUUAUGGUAUGAUCGAAAAUUUAUUUAUACAAAUCAGGCAAUUAUCCCCGUUCUUCCGCGUCCUCCGUAUCUGAGCCGAUCGAUGAGGAACAGCAGAAACUGAACCAAGAAGCGCAAGACAAAAAGCGCACGGAGAGGCUCGCAAAGACCCUGAAAAACCUCCCGGAGUACAAGCUCUACCUGGCUGACGUACCCAAGGAACGGCGCGAGGAAGGCCACCAUCCGUCCACACCCACAAUGAAAGACUCGAAUCGUAUAGAUUGAUCAUGCUUUGUUUUGGAAGAGGUUGGUUCUUGUAGGCAAUGAAUACAAAUUUACUUAUUCAUAUUCUCCAGCAGUGCCCUUUAGGUUUAACGCAUACGCAUAGGUAUAGUACUAAUAAGAAAUGCAUGACAACUAAAGACGAAACAUUGCAGGGCGCUUCUAUAAGUAUUUCCAAAAUGAUUCUGAACAGGUCAAUUCCGGUACAAAACCGAGGAGAUGCGUCGCUGGCUACAAGACAAUUACGGGCAUUCCGACGCUGGCGCCACAGCUAAUGGGCACGGCGCUAGUAUGGAGGUCACUGCGUAGCCGUUCCAGGAAGGUGCCGUCGCACAUCGACGGCAGAUUAUAGACUAAAGGCUUCAGAAGGAGUUUCAAUAGGAGAUAAAAAUUACGCAACAAAAAUAACAACUCAUCAAUCAAUCCAGAUGAAGGCGUAAAAAUCGCAUACUAGAAAAAGCACCAUCUACUUUAUGGCAGAGAAACACAACAAAUUAAGAAAACAACUACAGCAAACAUCAAACCUGAUGAGUAGACAGUUUAGAAGCUGGAAGAGAAGAACUCAAAGAAAAAGCUAUAGCUGAUCGCGCAGCUUGAACUAAAAUUUGCAACACGACCAAAACAAGUCGCUACAGUAGAAAAAUUUACGCAAGGACACAAAUCUUCAACCAGUAUGAGAGCUUUACUUACGUCAGGCCAAUAAACUUUUCGUAAAUAUCUAAAGCACAACCCGCAGCUGAGCUUCUUUAUUGUUUUGAAACUUCUUGUUCGGAUGAAAUAAAACUUCAACUUGAACUGUUACACUUUCGCGGGAGAAGAUGAACCUUUUUUCCAGUACAUUUGAACUUCAUUCUACCAAUUGCAAAAAUUUGAAGAAUACUUUUUCCAGACUAGCAAACAGCAAAAAUAGGCGAGCACGUCGGCAAUUGUAGCAGCGGUGGGAAGUCGUGCUGUCGCCAGUGUUGAAGAAUAUCAUGUUUCCGUUUCGCUUUCGCUUAUUACGCUGAACAAAAACUCGAACGAACACGAAAAAAACCUUUAUCAGUUUGCACAGGUUAUUAGAAAUAGAAGUACAGUAUAGAAGGGAGAUGUUUAACUAGUCCGCGAGCUUUAAUAUUGCAGUUCGAACAAUCACAAUGGGUCAACAAGAAUAGCAGUAUAAACACGGCUCGAAGUGUUGGAACGAAUGUCACUUCGAGGAUUAUACCGCUCUAUUGAAACGGGUAGUGCGUCUUUCUUACGUUAAGAACGACCAAUAACCUUGUCAUAUGAUUAGCUCACAACUCUGUCGAUGGGCAUGGGAUGAACAAGAAAAAAAGUACAGUUUUGGUAUCGAAUCUGGCAGGUAACGCUUCUAAUCUUCUUGUAUCAGAUUUGUUUUCAAUAUCUUGAUAGUAUCUGUUUGUUUUCAUUUUGUUUUUUGAUGGCGCCAGCGCGUCUGCGCGCGGCGCUCUGUACUGCAGCAAAGAAUUUCUGUUGUACAGGAGCAUUGAGCAAAAAUGUGGCAAAUGCACAGGAAUUAUGGCCGUAUUUAACUUUCCUCUUUGUGAUCGGUUUUCCACUCGGAGGACGACGCAAGGGGUUGUAAACUAAAAAGUAAAAUUUCUAUUUGUGGCCACUGAUCCACUUCAUUGAAAUUUAAGCGCGCCAUUGCACAGACAGAAACGGGCCAGAUGAUUUAUCCAAAAUCGCUUGUAUUUGGUGCGGGAGCUGUCAGAUGAAAGUAACAAUAAAUAAUUCGAAGUAGAACAGCACAACAAGAACAAACUCAAAUUGCACCAGGUAAGAACGUCAGCGCUAUCCCGACGACGUUGGCUCAAAAAUAAAAGCUUGUAUUGGUCAACAAGAAAAGCAAGAUAUUUUGAGCCGCCUCGUACAGAGGAUCAUUUGCAACAGGGAAGAUGUUUGUGAAAACGAACGUAAAAAAGUAUAGUCCAAAAAAGUAUAUUGUGUAGCAGGGACCAUUUGUGUAAUGGAACAAGGAAACACAAGACCGCAACCUAGAAGUAUUUCUUGCUGUGAAGCAGCCAAUGCUUUUUUUAGACCACGACGACCAAAAGCAAAGCGAUCUGAUUUAAUUCAGAUCAAACCUCGAACUCCUUUUCUAGUCACUCUACUUUGACCUUUUGUUUUGUGCUUGACGCUGCAGCUUUCUCGUCCAUUCGUCGAGAAUGCUCAGCGUCAGCCUGCGCGACGCAUCAUUUUCAACAGCGCCAGUUGUUAAGGCCUUGAAAUUGUGGUGAAACAAAAAUGUUGCAGGUGUUAUUACAAGCGUGAUCUACAACUUCCUGUUGUCGUUGCAACGAGCGAACAGGCGAUGAGUAGACCGUUUGUGGUAGCAUGCUCCUGCUGGUGAAAUAACCUUAACAAGGAUGUUGUGGAUAGGGAAAAUAUAGUAAUUUUUGGUGCCGGAGCGGGAGCCGGCUACGAGUAUGGAGGGAAGGACAUCGCCAUCGGAUCGGCACUUCUCACGCUAAAGUUGCAGUCGCAGACUUUGAAACCUAUGUUUACCAAAAAAAGUACUACCGACGCACGCGCAGAUAUUUUAUCUUUUUCAGUAGAAGUAAAAAACAAAAACGAAAGCAAGACGCAGCUAUGCGGCCUGAAGCUGAAACUGGCUUUGACCGUGGAAGACGAAGAGUGUAACAGAAGGCUUACGACAACGACUGAGCUUUCCAUCGGUAGUGUACGCAUUGGUCCUGG